AUGAUAGUGACCGACAUAUUCAAAUACUCAAAUGGCUGUUUACUCUUGAAAGAAACAUAAUUCUAAGCUGAAAUAUUUGUCCAUAGGACUUGAAAGGGUAAAUAAACUCUCUCAUGAGCUUACUCUUACCUCAUAUUGAUCUCAUACUUUCUUGAACUUGUGACAACUAUUUAGUUGCUCUCUCUGACAAUAAAGAUAAGAGUGCUCACUUCAUAGUACAACCCUCUCACACACUGAUAUAACAAGAGAGAGAGAGAGAAUGAGAGAGACAAAAUGAUAAGCCCCUUGAAGAGUACUUUAUGGGAGGCACAUUCAAUACUUGAAAUGCUCUAGUGUUGCAGCCUUAAAUCUCCACCAGUAUUAAUUGGAGAUUGAGUUGACCAAAGAUCAUAUGAAAGACAUGAUGGGAAUCCAGCAAACAAAGUUCAUUUCAUUCCUCUUUCAAGCAUGUCUUGUUUUGUUCUUAUUUCCACUUGUUAGUUCAUCUCAAGAGCACCAAGAAAUUUUAGGUGCUAAUUCAACAAACAAUGACAACCACAUUAAGCUGAGUCCAAGACUUCAAUUUGAAAUUACAUUACAUGGCUUUCUCCUUUGGGCUUCAAUGGGAUUCUUGAUGCCUAUUGGUAUACUUGCAAUAAGAUUAUCAAAUAGAGAGGAAAAUCCAAGGUGGCUUAGAAUUUUAUUCUAUGUUCAUACAAUUUUUCAGGUGAUUGCUGUACUUCUUGCAACAGCAGGAGCAAUCAUGUCAAUAAAAAAUUUCAACAACCUCUUCAACAAUAAUCAUCAAAGAUUAGGGGUUGCACUUUAUGGUGUUAUCUGGCUGCAAGUCCUAGUUGGUAUCUUUCGACCACAAAGGGGAUCCAAAAGAAGAAGUGUGUGGUUCUUUGCACACUGGAUACUUGGAACUGCAGUAACAUUCUUGGGUGUUCUAAAUGUAUAUAUUGGUUUAGCAGCUUACCAUGAAAAAACAUCAAAAGGCAUAAGAAUUUGGAAUAUACUUUUCACUAUUCAGAUAUCAUUGAUUGUAUUUUUCUACCUAUUUCAAGAAAAAUGGGUCUACAUACAAAAACAAAGAGUCAAUUUGAGUAAUGAACAAAGUCUUCCAAAUGAAAAAGAGAUGGUAUUGAAGGCUGGAACUUGUUAAGGAGCAAUGAACCAAUGCCUUACCAUAGUUUGAUCCAAAUUUCUACAUGGUAUAUACAAGUGAUUUGUAACACAUAUAUAGAGUACUAGUGGAUGUGAAUUUUUGAUUUAAGUGAGAUAAGAAAUAAUUCCUAUUGUUUUUUAUCAGGAAAGGUACAUUCAGAGAAUAUUGCAAGUUAAAUUUGGUGACUUGAAUAUUUUAUUUUGGUUUA